UAUUACUGGGUAAACCUCUUUGGAGGCGGACAAAGUGGGGGAGAGAGAGGGAAGAGUGUGUGCGACUGUGACUGUGACUGUUUGAGUGUGUGUGUGUGCCCCCUACCCCAUCCCUCCACCCCCUAUCUCUUUACAGGACUGCCAGCCCGUCUAGAGUUAUUCCAGGAAUGCGUUGAACAUGGCUGCCGCGAUGAAGGCACAGAAAACGGGGCUGCUGGAACUUCGAGUGACCGUGGACCGUUGGAUUCGGGUGUUGGCUACACUAACCGAGGACACGCUCACUGUAAACCCCGGGGAGGGUGCCGAGGAGCCCGCGAAGCCCAACCCGACUCCCGCCGGUGCUAUCAACGGAGACCCCCCGAACCUCAGCUCUUCCCCGGUCCCGGAAACCAUCACCAACGUGAAGCGCACCGUGCGGGUUAUCAAGCAAGAUGUUGGAGGACUUGGAAUCAGCAUCAAAGGUGGAAAGGAGAACAAGAUGCCAAUCCUUAUCUCCAAGAUUUUUAAGGGCCUGGCAGCCGACCAGACUGAGGCGCUUUAUGUUGGAGACGCCAUUUUGUCUGUCAAUGGUUAUGACUUACGGGAGGCCACACACGAUGAGGCUGUGCAAGCGCUAAAGAAAACUGGCAAAGAAGUCAUCCUUGAAGUGAAAUACAUCAAGGAGAUGUCAGCCUUCUUUAAGAGCUCGGGGUCCCCUGGUGCCGGCCUCCCAUGGGAGUCUCCACCCUCCACACCCCAGAGGGGCGCUGAGCUCUCGCCUGCUGACAUGAAGGAGCCCCGCAGCAUCCCACUGAAGAUGUGCCAGGUGACACGAAAACAGUGCCCUCCGGACACAGAAAACAGGUAUUUCGAGGUGAUUUCAUCCAACAGAAAGAACUCUGUGUUCCUGCGGGCAAAAGAUCCAGCCAUGGCCCAGUCCUGGUACAACGCCAUCCAGGCGGGCUCUGCCAACCUUUUACCGCGAGUGAAGGAGGAGUUGAAGAGCAUGCAGCCAGGCAUGGAGGUCAAACAUCUGGGCUGGAUUACAGAGCAGGUGACCCAGGGCCCAGAGAGACCAGUCCUGGCCGUGUUGACCGACAAAGACCUGCUCCUGUAUCCAUCACUGCCUGAAAGCAAAGAGAGCCUCAGCAGCCCCGUCAAGAGUCACCCGCUCAUUGCCACCAGACUGGUGCACUCUGGCCCGGGAAAAAGCUCUCCUCUGCUGGACUCUGACCUCUCAUUUGGCCUGCGCUCUGGCACCAAACAGGGCGUGGAGACCCACGUCUUCAGGGUGGAUUCUGCCAAAGAGCUGUCCACCUGGACUCAUCUGCUUGUGGAAGGCUGCCAUAAUGCUGCUGAGCUCAUCAAGGAGGUCACCACGGCCUGCAGUUGGAAUGGGAAGGAGUGCACCCUGGGAGUGCACAUCGAUGAGGGCUUCACACUCUUCACGGAGGAGAUGGGCGUGAGGAAAAGUGUUCUGCUCCAGCAGCCCUUCGAGCGUCUAAGAAUGUCCUCAGACGAUGGAGUCCGCAUGAUGUUCCUCGACUUUGGAGGCCCUGAGGCUGAGAUUCAACUGGACCUCCACAGUUGCCCCAAGACCAUAGUCUUCAUCAUUCACUCUUUCCUGUCUGCUAAAGUCAAGCGACUGGGCCUCCUGGCAUGAUAACGGAGAACCAUCCAGAGCAUCAACGAUAGGAAUAUUCAAUAAAACACAGACCAGAGGACUUUGAAACAUCAGAGAAACAGACACUGACUAACCCCUUCUUUUCUCUAAACGUACCGUCUCUGAUCAAACAUCUCCCGGUGAUUUUUAGGGGAAUGAAGACUACAACGCUGUUGGAACUUUGUUGAACUUGUUAAGAUGGUUUAUCUUUUUUUUUUUUUACAGAUCACCUAAGUCAGCAACCACUUAGGGGAUCUGAAAUCUGUGAAAUCUGUACGGGCAGGUCAUGACACUUAAUGACAGUGAACUGUGUGAAUAUGACAGCCUACAUCUUAAUGUUUCGAAGCUUGAAGUCCCAAUCAUUUCACGUGUUUGGCCCCAUUGUUCAGUUUUGUUUAGUUUGUUUUAUGAGUCACAGCAGGCCUUUGUCACAAGCAUCCUUUCAUCUCUCAAUCUUUGUGAACAGUCAUAAUAAAAGUUAUGUCACAGACGUCCUGAUUGAUGUCGGACAGACGUGGUUUUGAUGAAGGCAGCUUCAGUGGAGUGACAGAAUGACAGGACUGAUCAGUAGUCUGUACUCGGCAGCAGCGACACACUUUUCUUUUUGAUGUGGAUGCUUCAAAUGAAUUUACUCUGAAUUUUGAUGAAGAUUACGUAGGCUAACAACCACCAAAUUCCAAAUCUCAUCUAUUUUAUUCUAGUUACAAACUUUCAUUUCAGUCUCUUGUUGUCUCACCCCCAGUGUGCUCAUAAUCCACUGCCUAACACAAAACAUCACGUAUUAUAAAAGGCUUUUAUUUUGAAAAAAUGUGCAUAACCAACUAAGUAAAAAUAGUCUCAUUUAUCUACCAACAAAGAAAAAAGACAUUUUAUUCAAAUCUGGAUUAUUUUAGUCAGUUCAAGGAUCAUAAUCAUGCAUUGAUUAAAGAUAGUUUGCUUAAAGAGCAUCAGUCCAGCUGAGCUUCUCAUCCUGUGUGAAGUACUAUGUUCAUCUCUGACAUUAAAAAAAACAGAGCUUCUAUCCAUACAGUGUUUUUGUCUGUACUCCAUAAAUCAAUCACUACAGAGGACUUUAUUAAAAGUUACCAGAUGUCAAUUUUUCACAAUUAGUCUAACAUUUAUAUAUUUUAGUUUACCAUGUUACCAUGUAAAGUUAUUCACAUCAUAAAGUGACUCUCUUCUCUUUCUUUUCUUGUUUUCGGUCAUUCGACUGAAUCUCCACAGCUUGGGGCCUUCUCUCUGUGUCCGACACUAAACAGACUUGUAUUAAUAUAUAUUUCAGAACUAAAUCAUGUUUGCUUUCAAGGAAAAAAAAACCAACAAUGUAUAUUCUUAUUUAAACAAAGGUGUGCCUUGCA